AUGCCGAAGCCGCCAAACCUUUCCCCUCUCAUGACGUCGACACCGCCCUGCCCCUCUUCAUGGGCGUCGCGCAAACGCAGAGGGUCGUCGGAGAUUUCCUCGACUACCGUGUACGACGUCAGCGCCAUCUACAUGGUGCCCCUCUGCGCCUCCAACUUCUUCCUCAUGAUUGGCUCCUCGGUCGUGUUCCUGAGCAGCCUGUACGCCAUGUUCGACCCCAACGAUUCCGACACGCCUUCGUCUACGGCGCCCAGCACGUGGUUGGCAGGGCUGCUGUUUCACCUGGAGACCGUGCUCAUGGUGUCGUCGGGCUUACUUUUCCUUGCUGCCUCUGUGGGGCUUCUGGGCGUCGUGAGGGAGAACGUGUUCCUGCUGAAGGUCUACGGUUACGCGAUGAUGUUCCUGGUGGCGCUAGGCUUGGGUGCGUCCAUGUUGGUCGCGGGUAUACCAUGGCUUGCGCAAAGCUUCGUCACCGACUACGUGACCGAGGACUUCGUGGUCCACUACAGAGACAAGGCCGACUACAGGAACACUAUCGACUACCUGCAGACGUCCCUGCGCUGUUGCGGCAUGUCCCAGGCCGGCUACCGGGACUGGCAGGCGAACGAGUACUUCGCCUGCAACAAGACCAAUCCCAGUGCGGAACGGUGCAGCGUUCCGCCGUCCUGCUGCCGACGUACGCCGGACUACGGAGGAAUAGUGGAGGACGUUCCCAAACACAGCGGACAUCCUCCCGUCCCCAGCACCCUGUGCGGACGCGGAGUGCUUCGCAUGGCCGAGCGCGAUGCUUGGAAGGUGGUCCACCUGAGGGGAUGCGGUGACGCCAUGUUUCAAACUCUGCGCGCACACAACUUCGAGCUCGUCGUGGUGAUGUUGGUGCUCGCCCUGUACUUCAUGCUUCUCUCCGUGCUGGCUAGUUCGGUGCGGUCGCAGAUCAAGUCGCUAACCAGGAUAUACGACAAGUACUACACGACUGUGUAUCGUGGCCAGCAGUCCAUGCUGCGCGUGUACGAACGCUCCCUGAGGAACGAUAAGGCGCGGAGUGCCGGAGUCGCUGCCGUGAAUACUCCACGUUCUCCCGCGCCAGUGCCACCCUCUGCCGACGUUCGGACCCCUGGCGGCCACCGGGUCUGGCGAUAA